CCUUGCGCAGAAAAAGUGAAGAGCGUACUGCUACUCUCAAUAUUACAAUUCUAUUGAUUAGUGCAUACGAGUGAGAAAACAAUGAUAUAAAUCUUUCAAAAUUUGAAUGAAUGGAGAAGUUUAAGCAUAUUUGGAUAUUUUUAUUAACACAUUUUUACUGAUCAACUUUUCUGCAUGCUAUCAUGACGAAGGAUAGAUUGGCCGCGUUAAAAGCGGCCCAAAGCGAUGAUGAUGAAAAUGAUGAUGUGGCUGUCACUGUUGACAGCAGUGGCUUUAUGGAGGAGUUCUUUGAGCAGGUGGAUGAAAUUCGAGAGAUGAUAGAUAAAAUAGCAUCAAAUGUAGAUGAAGUGAAGAAAAAACACAGUGCAAUAUUAUCUGCUCCACAGACAGAUGACAAAAUGAAAGAGGAGCUUGAGGAAUUAAUGUCAGAAAUAAAAAAGAAUGCCAACAAAGUCAGAGCCAAAUUAAAAGUGAUAGAACAGAACAUAGAACAAGAAGAGCAUACAAACAAGUCUUCGGCUGAUCUUAGGAUACGCAAAACUCAGCAUGCCACACUGUCACGCAAGUUUGUAGAAGUGAUGAAUGACUACAAUGCCUGUCAAAUUGAUUACAGAGAGAGGUGUAAAGGUCGAAUCAAGAGGCAGUUGGCCAUAACUGGGAAAACCACCACCAAUGAAGAAUUAGAAGAUAUGAUUGAAUCAGGAAAUCCAGCUAUUUUUACUCAAGGAAUCAUCAUGGAAACUCAACAAGCCAAGCAAACCUUAGCAGAUAUAGAAGCUCGACACAAUGACAUCAUCAAACUGGAGAACUCUAUACGUGACCUCCAUGAUAUGUUUAUGGAUAUGGCCAUGUUGGUGGAAAGUCAGGGAGAGAUGAUUGACAGAAUUGAAUACAAUGUUGAGCAGGCAGUAGACUAUAUUGAAACAGCUAAGAUGGACACAAAGAAAGCUGUCAAGUACCAGAGUAAAGCCAGACGGAAGAAAAUAAUGAUUAUCAUCUGCGUGUGUGUCCUUAUCAUCAUCUUGGUUGGCAUACUAGCAGGAACCUUUGGUUGACCCAGGCUGCAUCCUAGGUGUCAUCUUAUCCAAUUAUUAACCAAUGCACUGCUGUAUCUAGUCGAAAACAUAAUCUCCAUCAUUAUACACUGCCCUGUGAUUGCAAAGAAAAAAAAAUUUAAUUUAAAUAAUGUGAAAAAAAAUAAAUUUUUGUUUCAAAAGAGGUGAUAUUAUUUUUGAAUAAAAAGUGUAAUGUGUUUUUGAGCUCAACUUGGGAAACAUCAGACUGGAGUAUUCAUUGUUGUUAAAGAGUGAAGAUGAUUUAGUUGCUAGUCUAGCUUUGUUACCAACUGUACGACAUUGGGCUUAAUAUUUGUGUCCAACUUUUUUUUCAAACUCAUUUUUAUUCAGACUCUACAUGUUGUGAUAUUUCUUUUCUCUCUAACAAAUCUACCAUCUCUAUAUUUCAAUAGCUUGUGUAGUUGUAGAUAUUUUUUCCAAUGGUUUCACUUCGAAUACAAUAAAACUCUUUACGCCUGACAAUGAAAGUGAUGUGCUGAAUGCAAGCAGAACUAAAGAUUUUUUUAAACUCAAUUCUUGUACAUUUUAAACUUCAGUCAACAUUUUCUUUUACUUGUAAAUUAUGAUCUUAUAUAAUUCUUUUUAUGAAAAUAUUUCAUGCUGCAAGUUUGAAAGGAAUUGAAUGAGAAAAAAAUACAACUAUAUUAUAAAAUAUAUUGCAGUAAAUAAUUCAAAUGUUUACAGCCUAAAUAAUAAGCAGGUACAUCUGUGAAGACAUGAGAUUCCUCCAUAUAUUUAAUGGUUAACAGAUGUCAUCUGUCCCUUGACUUUCAUCAUAGUAGUUCUGUGAAAGUUUGUGUAACGAAAUCCUUCCAUUUUUUCCGGUCAGCAGCUGUUCUUAGUAGGAUAUCAAGAGACAGGCCGGCCCAUUCUUUUACAUUGUCCAGCCAACUUUUUUGUAUGACCCCUUCUGCAAAGAAACAAGGCUCCUGCAUAUAUUUAAUGUUAAACAGAUGUAGGCCUACAUUGUUGUGUUAGGGUUAAUGACUGUCAGUCUUAUAGUUUUCCAACUUGAACAUAUUGGCGCUUAGUAAUAAAGCCAUGCUACUCUCUCUCUCUUCUGUCUCUUAACUCUUUCUCUCUGUAAUUAUUUACCACAUUCUGAUGGAGUCAACGUUUGUAUCGUCGGUUAGGAGAGAAAGAGUUAAGACAUCUUCUGGUGAGGUUGAAUGAAAGACUAGGUCAAUAAAUGGAGUUUUACUGUACCAUACUUAUAUCUCUCAAGAUACAGUAUCUUCUGAUUAGGUUGAAUGAAAGACUAGGUAGAUAAAUGGAGUUUUACUGUACCAUACUUCUGUAUCUCAAGAUAUCUUCUAAUUAGGUUGAAUGAAAGACUAGGUAAACAAAUGGAGUUUUACUGUACCAUACUGUUCAUCUUUUAAAUCAAUGUGUUUGAUGUUUCUUAAACUAAAGACAAAAAAAAAAAAGUUUUUGUUUUGCAAUACACAGGGAGUACCAUGAACCUGAAUUAUUGUCAUUUCAAACAUAUCACUCUUAAAUGUGUCAUGUAGAACAAGGGAAGCCUUAGAAAGCUGUCAUAUGACAAAGUCACUGUCAUUUCAUAUUGUAUAUUUAAGCUUAACUUUCUAGUUGACAUCAAGAAUCAAGUGUGUAGCUCUUUUGACAUUUUUUUCACUGUUUUUCCUUCAAAAUUUUAGAUAUAUUUUAUAAAUAUAUUUUUUUUUCUCAGUUGACUUCUAUGAAAUACUUCAGUCAUUUCAAUUUGUAAAACUAUGUCUAUGCAAUGUAACCUAGUUCUUGCCAUUGGCUGAUAGUUAAAUGUAAAUUGUAAGAAUAGUUUUUGCUAUUCCUCUAACAAUCGUAAACAAGUAGGCUAUUUCGUCUGAUAAAAUUUAAAAAAAAAUAUUAUAUAGUAAUAACUUCAUCUGCAAGGGUUUCAUUUAAAAUAAAUAAUUGUCAGAUUUGCAUUCAAUAUUUAACAAAUAAAAACAUGAAGCUAGGCAUCACUGAAAAGUUUGAUCUGAGUUUUAAAAGAUUUGGUAUACAAUAAAUGUAUUAGGCUUUGAGAAAAACAAAAGGGAGAUAAGUAGCUCAAAGCCAACCUUUUUUUUUUUAUUAUUUUUUUUAAAUUUAGAUGCAUAAUUGUGUAUUAUUUCAUUCUGGGUUUAAGUUUAUAAAUAUUUUUUUUAAUGAAACCAUCCUAAAAGGACCAAUAUUUAAAUUACAAGUUUACAAGUAAGGGAUAAUGAUAAACUUCACUUGAGAAGAAUACAUUUCAGAAGAUUAAGUACCCUGUCAGAUCACAAACUAUUUAAUUCCUAUGAAGUUUGUCUUGUGUCUAAUUUUUUUUUUAAAUGAUCAUAAUAAAUUUUGUUUAUACACAAAGCCAAGGACAUAUUUCAUUUCUAAUGUUUUAACUGAAAUGUAUUCUUCUCAAGCGAAGUUUAUCAUUAGUAAGUGAAACUUAAUGGGGUAUUCAAGCUGAUAUUUUCUGAAGUUUCUCUUUCGUGUUUUUUACAAUUAAGUUGAGCUUACGAUUUCUAAAUGUUUAUGUAUCUCUUCAGUAUUCCUUAUCAAAAAGCCCAUUAGGGAACAAGGGGUCUCUUGGCAUAACCAUUUUCCGUUGACUUUAGGAAAGAUUCAAAAAUAAGCUGCAAUGAUGAUGGCCCCUUAGUGAAAUGGUGUGGCAGACUUUGUUGGAAUGGGUCAUCCUUACCUUGGAGAAUUUAAAACAAGUUACGGUAACCCAACAAAGGCUACGUUCUCUGCCAGUGGAUUACCUUUCUGCUUUUACUAACAGACUCUUCCACUGAAGUGCCACAUUGAGGACACUAGGAGCUGGAAUUACCUGGUAUAUCAAAAUAUUUUGGAAAUGAUUUAGUUGACUAGGAUAUACUAAAUUAAAACCUGAUGAAACUCAUAGUUAUAUAUCAUGCCCUAGAGCUAGUCCUGUGUGUCAUCUUGAAUAAUCCUGCUCAUAUCAUUCAACCUCUUUUAAAUAAUGUGUUUCCGUUGUGCAAUAAAACAACUGGGAACUUGAUUUAGUAGCUGGAUCAAUGUUUGACUUUGUAGCUUUGAAUCUGAAUGUGAUUAGCCAUUCUCAAUGUUUGACAUAAUACUCACCAAGGGAGUUUGUAAUUAGUUUUCAUUGUAUAUGGGUUCCUAUCUAAACUAGAUAUUGGUUUUGAUUUUCUCCAUUGUGUUGGCUACAUGAAAGUUUGAAGCAUUGAGAAAGCCUCAGUAGAUUCCACCAAAAUCCAUACUCCUGCUUCUUAAAGCUUCAUCCUGGGUUUCUUUUUAUGCAUCUUUUAUGUGUUUGUAAAAAACUACAAUGUUAAUUAUAAGCACAAUUAAAGAAAGUCUGAUAUCAUUUCAUUUUCUGUGCUGGUGCUUCACUUAAACUUCUAUUGAAUGCCUUCAAGCUCACAGAAGCUCUUCAUUCAUUGAGUUAUUCUGACACGGAAUGUCAUUACAGUUAUCUCUCUUAGAUUCACACUGGGCUGACUUAGCGAUGUAUCAGAAUCUACACUGACCAAAAGAAUGAAUACAUGAAAACGCCAUUAAAUGCUCAAAGUUUACAGGCUAUUUACUUAGGGGUAACCAGUUUUCCACCUUUGCCCUUUUGAAGGCAAAGUGUAAAGCAAUACAUUAGAUUAACAAGAGUUGAUGGUUGAAAAUUUGAUAAUUAUUAAUAUUAGUUUAUUGUAUUGCUAAAGACCAUCUUCUAAGACAUGGGAAAUUUUGCGGUUGUAUAGCUUCAGGUUCUGAUGAGACUGACAGAUUGAAGAGGGUUUUCUUUAUUUCACUUAACUUAUAUGUGUUAUUACCUCCAAUGAAGUCCAUUAGGGUUGAAGGGGGCUGACCAUCCAUGUAGAACUUUAUAUAACUACCGAGAAGUAUUUUUCUCUGUGAACUGCUGCUCUGUCUGAAAGUUUGACAAUCUACGAGACCAUUACGUGUUUUGAACUUAUUACCAACAUAGUUUUGGAAAGGUCAGGGCCAUUGUUGUAAGUAAUCUACUGGCCUCAGAAUGGAAGAACUUUUACUUGUGCCCUAUUAAACUUUGUAGACAAAAAGAAAGCUUUUAUUCACUCUUAAAAAAAAGUUGGCAAUCUUUGCUCUGAAAACAAAAAGACUGUUCUUCUUUUCUAGACAUUAUUUCAAUGGGUUGUAGAGUACAAAAAAAUAGUCUGUAGUUCCAUACUCAUAGCACUAUUGUUUUUGUUUUUUCACUUAGCACUGAUAUGUUGCUGCUCACUGAGAUGUUUUUUUCUCUUGAUAUGAAUUACGAUUGCUUAGAUUUGUUUUGUGUUCAUGCUGCGUCCUUUUUAAUCUGAUGUUUCAUUAUAAUAUUUUUAAUGAGACUCGACUCAUUUCAGUUGAUUGUUAUUGAUUGGUUUCCUUGUUCCAAACAAUAAUUUGUAUUAUGCAAAUUUGUUAUAAAUUCUCUCGCACUUAAUUGAACCCAUCUCAUUUAUAGUUACACUAGAAAUUUUGUGGGCGCUGGUGUAUGUCCACCCUGUCAUGUGAAUCUUCUUAUUGGUACCGGUAUUGACUUACUUAGACUUAGAUACUCCCGCUCCGUUCGACACAUUUGGUGGCAAGCUGUUUCGAUGUUUGCUGUUAUUGUAGCAAUUGACUUACAAAUGCAGAUAAUUCAAUGAGCUCUUUAGAAAUAGAUCUCAAGUUUCAUAUACCCGGUAUAUAUAUAUAUUUGUAUAUGAUUUUUUUACACCAAUAACUUAAACUUACUAAAUGUAUUUAGUAGAAAUAUUCAUUAGUUUACUAAGUCUAUUUUAAAACAUAUUCUCUGGUUGUCAUUAACAUUAAAGAUGUGUGUAACAUUGGACUCUAAAACAAUGUCAAUAAAUUGACCUUUGAAUGACCUGUAGUCUUGCAUAUUAUCUAGAGAUACAUAGGUUCAAUGAGUCUUAUCAACAUUUGGAAAGUUCAGUUUCCUUAUUAUCUUUGACAUUUGUCUUCUGCUGAAAAUAUUCCAUGAUGAUUUCUCAGAGUGUAUAGAAAGAAUUUAAAAUUCUUGUGAUAAUCCUGUUCAUACUUUUAGCCAUUGAUUUUCAAAUUCAGAACAUUUUUUGUUUCUUUUUUUCAUUCCUUACAUCUGGCCAAACCCAAUUUGAAACAUAAAAUCCUAAUUAUUGUGCGCUAUAGGCUGGUCUUGAUUUCGAACUCUUGUCUAUGGCCAUCCUGCGGGAGAUUUUGGCUAGGAUGUAAUCAUUUUAAUUUCUGAGGGGACAUCCAAAACUUAAGAUAUUCAUGAUUUUCUAGUAAUUAAGCAUUCCAAACAUUGUCCUACUUUUUAGAUACUCCGGUAACGUUCAAACAGUCAAGAGUGUUUGAAAAUAAAAUAAAACAAGAAUAAAAUCUUUGUUCUUUUAGGGGAGAUAAGGUUAGAUACAUUUAGUAGUAAAUGAAGUUCUUGCACUUUGUAUGGACACACUUUAUUAGGAUAGUAUUUACUUAACCUUUUAAGUAUGGUGCUACUAUUUCAUAUACAAAAUUUUAAUAAUCAGAAUUUAAUAACCAACUUCACAUCUUAUAAUUGUACCAUUAAUACAAGAAGUUGUAGAUGACAAAUACAAAUCCUCAUUACGCAGGAAAUAUUUAGUGUAAAUUAUUGGUAUAUGUUAUUAAAUAGUAAUAGAAAAAUUUAUCAUCAUGUUUUAUAUUUAUAACUUGUAUAUAAUUAUCUUUACUUAUAUAUAUAUAGAGAGAGAUGUAAACUAAUAGUAUUCCAUGUGAUAUAAUUUGAUUUGCCAGUACGUAUUCUCAUUAAUGAUCAAUGUCACAGCAAUCAUCGCAUUUUGACAAAUAUGUUUUGUUUAUUUUCUUCUUUAACGCGCUGAGUCUGUAGAAGCACAAAGUUUGUUCCAAUAGUCUGUACAUAUCAGUCACUGUAUUCCAUAGAUGUUGACCUUUUUUUUUUAUUUGUCUCUUUGGGUCUGUCGACAUUCCCUGGCUAGGUGUAUAGACCAAUUUUAAAUAUAUUAAUAUGAUUUACUAUUAUUAUAUUUACUAUUAAAAUGUUUAUGCAGUUGGAUAGUCAUUUUGCAUUUAGAUUUCUUUUUUUUUAUGGAAGUGAAUUUUUUUUUGUUCUGCGUGUGUGUGUCUCAAUAGUCAUAGAAGUACUGUGUCUGCUGUCACACCAGUUAUUACCAAACACAAUAAAUGUGUAUAUAAUCAA